AUGAGAAGGGAGAACCAGAGCAGCGUGUCCGAGUUCCUCCUCCUGGGGCUCCCCAUCCAGCCAGGGCAGCAGGGCGUGUUCUUCACCCUGUUCCUGGGCAUGUACCUGACCACGGUGCUGGGCAACCUGCUCAUCAUCCUGCUCAUCAGGCUGGACUCUCGCCUGCACACGCCCAUGUACUUCUUCCUCAGCCACCUGGCCCUCACUGACAUCUCCUUCUCAUCUGUCACUGUCCCUAAGAUGCUGAUAAACAUGCAGACUCAGGAUCAAUCCAUCCCCUAUGCAGGGUGCAUAGCACAAAUGUAUUUUUUCAUAUUUUUUACUGAUCUGGACAAUUUCCUUCUCACCUCAAUGGCAUAUGAUCGGUAUGUGGCCAUCUGUCACCCCCUCCACUACAUGACCAUCAUGAGAGAGGGACUGUGUACCUUACUAGUAGCUAUAUCCUGGAUCCUCUCCUGUGCCAGUGCCCUGUCCCAUACCCUUCUCCUGGCCCCGCUGUCCUUUUGUGCUGAUACCGUCCACCAUUUUUUCUGUGACCUUGGUGCCCUGCUCAAGCUUUCCUGCUCAGACAUAUCCCUCAAUGAGCUGGUCAUUUUCACAGCAGGAGUGGCUGUCAUUACUAUCCCACUAAUGUGCAUCUUGAUCUCUUAUGGCUUCAUUGGAGCCACCAUCCUGAAGGUUCCGUCUACCAGGGGCAUCUGCAAAGCAUUGUCCACAUGUGGCUCCCACCUCUCAGUGGUAUUUCUGUAUUAUGGAACAAUUAUUUGGCUCUAUUUUGUCCCCUCAUCUAGCACUUCCAGUGACAAGAACAUAAUUGCCUCUGUGAUGUACACAGUGGUCACUCCGUUGUUGAAUCCUUUCAUUUACAGCCUAAGGAACAGGGACAUGAAGGGGGCCCUGGAGAAACUCUUCAACAGGGUUACAGUCUUGUCUUAA